AUGAUCAAGAAGAUCAUAGAGCGACGUGGCAUCGAUUUAGCAAAAAUUCGCAAUGUUUACUCGAUUUGGUUAGACAAGACUAUUGACGCUAAUAGCGGUGAUUCUCAACGUGUACUAAAACGAUUUCGGGAUGUCAUGGGUCAUGUCGAAAUAUUUGUCGAUGAUAAGAAAUGUAUGGAAUUUCUUGAAAAUAUUACGAAUGAUAAAAUUUGUAUGAUCGUUUCCGGCUCGUUUGGACAACACAUUGUGCCCCUUAUACACGAUAAACAGCAGGUGGACUCUAUCUUCAUCUUUUGUGGUAAUAUAACGUAUCAUGAAGACUGGGUACACAAAUGGCCGAAAGUGAAGGGUGUCUUUGCUAAGUUGACACCUAUUUGUGAAGCGCUGAAACAGGCAGCUCAUGAGUCUGAGCAAAACGCUAUUCCAAUGAGCUUUGUGACGCUGAACAAAAGAUUAGAUCAACUUGAGCCAACUUUUAUGUACACUCAAAUCUUGAAAGAAAUCCUAUUGACUAUUCACUUCGAAAAGAAACAUUUUAACGAAUUUAUUCAUUAUUGCACCAAUGUGUUCGCUGAUAAUGAGAAGGAACUGGAGAAUGUCAAGCGAUUAAAAAAGAACUACAACGAGUACACACCCAUUUGGUGGUAUACGUGUGAAGGUUUUUUGUACCCUAUGCUCAAUCAUGCGUUACGGACAAUGGAUGGAAAUAUCCUAACACGCAUCGGUUUUUUUAUCAAUGAUCUUCAUCAACAAAUUUUACAGGUGCAUAGAGAACAAUAUCUUGACAAUGCUUCAAGUCAAACUUUUACAGUUUACCGUGGCCAAGGUUUGUCACAUACCGACUUCCACCAACUGAUAGAAACAAAAGGUGGCUUGCUAUCAUUUAAUAAUUUCUUGUCGACAAGCAAAACGCGAAAAGUUUCCCUUCAUUUUGCUCAACAGGCAAGCAACAAUCCUGACUUAGUUGGAAUUCUUUUCGUUAUUACAGUUGAUCUGACGCAAUCGACUACGCCAUUUGCGUCGAUCCGCGAAUUGAGCUACUUUCAAAAUGAAGACGAAAUUUUAUUUUCUAUGCACAGUAUCUUUCGUGUCCAUGAAAUAACACCGAUGGGCGACACCAAUCGGCUCUAUCAGAUUGAUAUAACAGCUACUAAUGAUAAUGACAAAGAACUGAACAUACUUACUGAAUACAUUCGCAAUGAAGUUUGUCCGAACAUGGACGGAUGGUAUAAACUUGGUUCAUUAUUAAAGACGAUGGGUCAGUUUGACAGAGCUAGCGAAGUUUAUGAGGUUCUCGCUGAGGGAGCAGGUACUGAUAGUGACAAAGCGUUCAUUUAUUUUCAACUCGGGGCAAUCAAAUAUGAACAAGCAGAUUUUCAUAAAGCAAUAGAACUUUAUGAAAAAUCAGUUGCCAUUGUUCUGAAACUACACUCCUCCGAUCACAUUGAUCUGGCUUUAUAUUACAAUGAUAUCGGUAUGGUGUACGAUGCUUUGGCUGAUUACUCGCAAGCGCUUUCAUACCAUGAAAAAGCUCUUUCGAUUCGACAACGAUCGCUUUCCGUUGAUCAUCCUGAUUUAGCAAUGUCCUACAAUAAUAUUGGUAUGGUAUAUGACAACAUGUGUGAGUAUGGCAAAGCACUUGAAUCUUAUGAGAAAGCUCUGGCAAUUUGUCAACAAGCAUACCCAUCCAAUCAUCCGCAUUUAGCGAUGUGUUAUAGCAAUCUUGGUCUAGUCUAUGAUAAAUUAGGUGAGCAAGCACAAGCGUUGUCAUCGCAUCAGAGAGCUUUGACAAUCCGGCAGCAGUCACUUCCUCCCAAUCACCCUGAUUUGGCAAUGUCUUAUAAUAAUAUUGGUACGAUAUACGAUCUAAUGGGCGACUUCGAUAAUGCACUUUCAUCUCAUGAAAAAGUCAUUGCUAUCUGUCAACAAGCGCUUUCUGCCAAUCAUCCACACCUAGCCAUAUCUUAUGAUAACAUCGGUGCAGUGUACGAACAUAUGAAUGAUUUUGUCAAAGCACUUUCAUAUUAUGAAAAGGCUCUGGCAAUUCGUGAAAAAUCACUUUCAGCCGCACAUCCUGACUUAGCUGCUUCUUACAAUAAUAUGGGUAUAGUGCACUGUAGUAUGAAAAAUUAUACCGAAGCACUCUCAUGGCACGAAAAAGCUCUCGUGAUUCGGCGAAACUCAUUUCCUUCGAACCAUCUGGAUUUAGCCAUAUCCUAUGAUAGUAUUGGUAUGGUAUAUCAUAAAAUCGGUGAUUACAAAAAAGCUCUGUCAUAUACUAAAAUGGCUCUCAAAACUUUGCAACAUUCACCUACCCUCCAUCAGCCCCAAUUAGCUUGGUGUUAUAAUAACAUGGGUAUGGUGUACGACAAAAUGAACGAGCAUACAAAGGCACUAUCAUGUCAUAGGGAAGCGCUUGCAAUUCGACAGAAGACGCUUGAUCCCAAUCAUUCUGACCUGGCUGAAUCUUAUAACAACAUUGGUCAGGCAUACGCUGGUAUGGGUAACCAUGAGAAAGCCCUAUCCAAGUUUCAACGUGCUAUAGAUAUUGCUAAAAAAUCUCUUCCAUUAGACCAUCCUGACCUUCGGCAAUACAUCAGCAAUUUAGAGAAUGCGACGAAAAAUAAGUUCGAAGCCACAUUGACUUUCUUCUGA